ACAGUACCAGAACGACACAUUGCGCCCAAACAUUCAUGCCGCCGUUCAUUUCCCAGUAUUUGCCGAGGAAUACGCUUUACCUGUCAACUGCAACACACUCACAGGUGAAAACUUACACCAGUACUUCAAGACUCGUAUCUACGAAACAAAUUACUCCAACGUGGAGAAGGUUUUGCUGAUGAAAGUCAAUUUCCAAGAGACGAUGCGUCUGCUCCUCCAGAACGCAUUUCAAUAUGACGACCCGGAACUCACCAGCGAAAUGAUUGCACUUUACCAGCAGUGCCCAGCCCUCUUCAAUAAAGGACUGUCUCGAACGGACCGAAAUGAGAUGGAUGCCCUACUCGAAAACGAAGACCACGAGAUGGAAGUCGACCAGUCUGCCGACAGAAAUCAUCUCAAACCGUCGGCGAUCAAUCGUAUCCCAAUAAAAAGUGUUGUCGCAACCCAUUCAGUUAAUAAUGGCAACAGAAUUCCGACUUGUUCCGGGGACCUCAACACAACAUCGACUUGGCGUGGUCAUCUCCGACUGGCAUACCGAUACGAUUACGGCAAACCUGCACAAUAUCCAUCUCUGUUCGAGAACCGGCCAAUCCAGUGGUCUCGGAAGUUCGGAUUCACCGACAGGAAGUCGAACAACCGCUUCACGUUCAGCACUGGCGACUUUGUACGGUUCAAGCGCGACAACCAGGCUCUUUUCGGGCGUGUGGGCCAUAUCUUCGUCCUCGACAACGACGAGGACAGACACAUCUUUACAGUACUGACAUUGAUCAAGCGUACAAAGACUCGACACGAGCUCCUGGACUUGGAGAUCAUGGAGGAGACGGAAGAUGCUGUGGUGGUUGGGGUGCCUACCAUUCGUGCUGUGCGUCUCUACAUGGUACCGGUCAAGGGCGUUGGUAUCAUUUGGGUGAACUGGGACGUACAUACGUUGUAA